AUGGUAGACCUAACAAAACUUCUGGGGGACCUUGUAAAUGAAAUACCUAUCGAGCAGUGUCCCGAGCUUCAUGGUGUUAAUAAAAUUGGCGAAGGAAAAUGGGGGAAGGUGUAUCGCUGCGCGCUAAAAAACCAAGAUCCCGAUGAUGAAACAGUUUACGUAGCUAAAAACCUUGCGUUUUCAAAACAGCGGCCAGAUGAGCGAAAAAGUAUGGAACAAACAUUCCGACGGGAAGUGGAAGCGCUUUGGAGUAUCAAAUGCGACAGAAUUGUGCAGCUGAAGGGAGUGUACGUAAACCAAAAUGAUGCAGGCAUGAUUUUGGAGUGUGCACAAAUUAGUCUUGGUCAGCUUCUUCACUCGAAAGAGCACGAGAGUCUCAGCUAUCAUCUUGGACACGCGAUCCACUGGAUGCUCCAUGCUGCGGAGGGUCUUCGUUACUUGCAUUCUCGAAAUCCGCCCAUAAUUCACCGAGAUAUAAAGUCCGAUAACUGCCUUCUGUUCGACGAUUGCCUCAGUCUAAAGCUCGCUGAUUUCGGUCUCGCCCGAGAGGACGAUGAUAUCAACAAGACGAACGCCAUGGGAACACCAGUUUGGAUGGCGCCCGAGUGCAGCACUGGGAAUGAAUACGGACCCGAAGUUGACAUCUAUGGCUGGGGCAUCAUGUUCUGGGAAUGUUUAACCAGGAUGUAUCCCUUCUACAACUGCCGUUACACCUGCGACGCAAAGGGAAACUACAUGAAUAUCAUUCUUAGGAAGGUUGAGAAGAAGGAAAUGCCGGCAAAGAUCAGUGGCAUCCCCGAGGUACUAUGGAAUGUGAUGGAAAAGUCGUUCGCGUUUGAGCCAGCGGAGCGACUGAAAGCCCCAAUUAUCGUCAAAUACAUGGAAGAAUUCACUAAAUUCGUCUGGGAGCCAAAGAGGAUAGCCGUUCUCGAGGAUAAAUAUGAACCAAGCUUAGAGAAAGAGUCCACCGAUAACUUUGAUAGCAAUAUGUCGAGAGUCACUGCAUAUCAGCCAAGUAAAGAUGCCAAAACAAUAACAGAGUUUCACCCGGCUUUUAACGACAUGCUUGAGGCACCAAAGAAGCGAAAAGAGCAUGUCCGCUCAAGAUCAGCGGAGCCAAACCUGCUCCAAGAGAUUCAGCGGGAGGAGUGCUUCAACCGCUCAAACAGUUUUUAUACGAAACAAAGCUCUAGAAGAUCGGACUACUCUUCUCUAAAUGCCCCUCCGUCCCUAGGAGAAACUAUUGACCGCAGGAUCGGCAGUCAAUCGAGUGUUAUCUCAGAGGGAACCAACUUCGGGGACUCAGGAUAUCAUGUUGCCCUUGCUCCGACAGAUGAUUUUCAACCUAGCUGCUUCCCAAAACUACCGAAUCCGCGUUUCUCCAGAAGUAUAACCUCAAUCUGGUCAACCUCCAAGAAAGAGUUAGACAGGGAACUGCCAGAAUAUGAGUCACUUUGCCAUUAUUCAGUUCAGCUCAAUCGCGAAGCGAACGACUGUUGUAAGGAACAUGAGUCCCAAAUGCGACGAAUCGAGCAAUUCGAUAAUGACUUGGCUAAUCGUCAACAAGUUUUGGAGACGGAGGGCGCGAGGGCGGUUGCUUUGGAGGAGUAUUUAAAAAACGAAGCAAAGAAGAAGCAGCAAAAGGGCACUCUUCGUCGACGCUCGUCGCCCUCUUCACCAAGUUGUCUCGACGUUCCUGCUGACACGAAGAAGACGCAAUUUUGA